AUGACGGGAGGAGGGCCAGCUCCAGAGCCUCCUUCAUCAGUAAUUCUAUUAAUCAAGGAGAUUCACCCAAGUGACUUCAUCCAGUUGUCUAACCCAUAUGACGAUGAUGCCGUGUUGAAUAAUGAGGCUGUCACAGCCCUGGAAUUUCUAAGCCAUGGAGGUCUGACAACAGGCGAUGAUUGUUUGCAGCAAGACGAACAGAACAGUCUUCAUCCAGCAACAAGUCAUGAACCAGUUCUUGCAUCAACAAGGCAAGACGAACAGAACAGUCUCCAUCCAUCAACAAGUCAUAAACCAGUUCUUGCAUCAACAAGUCAAGCCAACAUGCAGAACAGUUCCCUUCCAUCCACAACUCAGAAUGGAGACAUUGAAACAACAAGGCAAGACACAACUCGAAAGCUUCAACUUCGUGGAGAGAAGAGGCGAUCAACCAUUACCCACCAACCAAAAACUAGACCCAAACAUCCACAUACCCAUUCAAGUGAGGAGAGACUCGUUGAACUGGCAGAAGAGGAGCACCAGAUACGACUUGAAUAUAUGAGGAUAGAACAUGAGUAUAGGAUGGAAAUCCUUAAAGUUCAAACGAAGACUGAAGAGGUGAAGCUAAAGGCUGCUCUUGCCGCAUUUUCCGAGGACUAA